AAAGGAACAGACGGCAGCUGUAUAAAUGUAACAUCAAGUCUCGGGAACGCUUUCGUGGAACAUGUCAACUCUUAUCCCAUUCAGGGAGCGGAUAGAGCUCCUGCCUAAAAACCCGUACCACACGCCGGGAUAUGGCGGUUACUGCCCCCAGUACAAAUACAAGAUCGGGGACACCUUCGGACGCACAACUCAUUGUCUUAUUCAAGACAAGUCUGUAGCCUGCUCGGAGGCCACCCUGUUAUCUUCCAUAAAGCCCGUGGACCAGGCCGUCGCCAAGUGUAAGCAGUCACGUGAUGAACUGUUGAGCAGACGAUCGGAGAACUGGGGCGGGCAAAAGUUCGGGAAACCUCUGGUGCCCGGAUAUACAGGGUUCGUUCCCCGUCUACGGCAAUUUUACGGAGAGAGGUACACUGAGAAAUGUAAGAACGCUGUGGCAGCUUUUGAAACAGAUCACCUGGCACAUCAGCGGAAGAUGUCAGAGUUACCUGAAACUACCAAUCGAGUGGAUGUACCAAUGCCGAAUAUUCCGAAAACCAAUGUACCUGCAGUUGACAAGAUGUCUUUACGACGUCACUGCCCGCGGCUCGUACCUAUCCAGCGUGAGGCUGACCCGUACAUUUCACAUAACGCCAUUCACACGGCCGUGAACAACUCUCCAUUUAUUUUGCCAAACGACAACCCCAACAAACGUUUUAUGUCCAGUUAUAUGGGCUACGUCCCGAAACUGAAGUUCCACAUUGGUCAAGGCUCCCCAGGCUUGACUCACGUGGCUUUGAACGAAUUCACAGACGCCGUGGCCCAAACCAAAGCUGCGGCGACGGCACCUGUCAAACUGGAGGAAGUCCGCGAAGAACGAAGGGACCCUGUUAGCAUCUACCCCGAUUCUUCUGGUCUCAUACCGCGCUACACUGGUCAUAUCCCAGGCCAGAAGUUUCGUCAUGGGCGUACCUUUGGGCACAGCACUUAUGACGCGUUGGACCAACCAAGAAGCACAUGAAGUUGGCAUCUGCAAAAGCAGGAGAAUGGAGGGGGGAGGUGUGGUUGGGGGAUAUAGGAUGGGCAAUGGAAUAGAGAAAAAAAAAGGGGUUGCAAAAUAAUGGAGGGGAAAAUGGGGUUGCAAUCUAUGGUUUUCAAUUUCGCCUCACUUGCCACAUGUAACAGUAGCUUCUAAAUUCCGCUAAUUCUAAAUUCCGCUAAUCGUUUCUCUCUUUUGAUACGAUCCUCUGUUUAUGUAUUAUGUCAGUAAACAUGCACGAGAAUGAAUAAAACAACA